AAUCAGUGAAAAAAGUUAAACAAAAACAAUAGAAAUUAAGUGUUAUUGUGAUACUGUGGGUGUUUUUAAGUGAAUCAGUAAUCACUGACCCCAAAAGAUGACGUCGAACGUUGGCCGGACCGCGCUUCUGCUGUUUUUGGCGACCUCCGCUACCUCACAGUUUUAUGAUUUCUUUCAAGGAUUCAAACCAUUCGCAACGAAUCAACCUUCAUACGGAUCAGCGUUCACAACACGAAGACCCGAGAAAACGUACAAACAGACAACCAAACGGGAAGUAACCACAAAAACUUACGAAAUUGAUCUCUACAAUAACCCCUUUCUACCACAAUUCAAUUUAGAUAGAAAUCAAAACGAUUACAGAAGAAAAAAGAACAUAACUAAUAGCACUACAUUAAAACCUAAGAAGAAAACCACCAUACGUACGAGUACAACCAACAAAAUACCUCAAUAUUUGCAAGAAUAUAACAAUAUAUAUGAUGGAAAAAUAAAUGACGUGGCCGAUUAUUACACGCAAAAACCAAAUUAUAAUAAUAAUUAUUAUACGACAGAAAACCCGUUGAAUAAAGGGGUUAGGCCUGUAGUUACCAAUGGGCCUCCUAUAACGAACAGGCCGGUGACUAAGAGGCCUAACUAUGGGGUGAACGCGAGGCCGAAAGACGAAGAUUCUAUAGCGUUUCCUGAUGAUGAUGCGACUCCGGAGAUAAUUAUUGGGCCUGAUGAAGAUUAUAUGAGUAAUGUUGAGAAGAAGAGGUAUAUAGAGCUGGCGGAAAGAAAGUGCGACGAGUACAAGGCACUGGGCACAAAGGCAGUCCAAGCUAUCCCCCUUCUGCCCCGCCCUGAGCCGGUUCAGAUCAACGUGCGUAAGUGCGCGCCCACCACGGUACCUCUGGUGGUGGGGGGCAAAGUGGUGGACAUACAGGAGUUCCCACACAUGGCGCUGUUGGGAUGGAGAAAAAUACAGGCGGCUGGCUACGCCUGGAAAUGCGGCGGCUCUCUGGUCAGCGAGCAGUUCGUCCUAACUGCUGCGCACUGCUCGUUCCAGGAUCGCGACAAUACCGUUGUUAACGGACCUCCCAGCGCGGUGCAACUCGGCUCUUCGUACCUGGACGACCCUGGCGCGCUGGUGGUGAAGGUCGCAGCCGUCAUCAGACACCCGAAGUACAAGCUGCCACGGUCCUACUACGACUUGGCGCUUGUCAAACUAGUCAAUGCUGUCAAGUUCUCUGAGGUGGUGAAGCCAGCGUGCCUGGGGACCGCCCCAGCUGUGGGCAAACCCAUCAUUGCCACUGGUUGGGGCCGCACUGAAUAUGGAGGUGACCAAUCACUGGAGCUCCGUAGUGUGUCUCUGCCAGUUUGGGACAUAAACCGAUGUCAGGAAGUCCUCGGGACGUCACGCAAGCUGCCUCAGGGUCCUUCGAGCGACAGCCAGAUCUGUGCUGGGGAGGAAAGAGGAGGGAAGGAUACUUGUCAGGGUGACUCCGGUGGACCCGCUCAGCUUCAAGAGGACUGUAUCUGGCGUGUCGUGGGCGUGACGUCACUAGGCAGGUCCUGUGGCGCUGCUGAGACCCCAGGCCUGUACGCCAAGAUCCAACGGGCCUUCGUGGCCUCUCAGAUCUUCGGCUCUCAGAAAAUCAGGAAUUAUACCAACAAUAAUCAGAAUUAUGGAAACAAUAAUAAUAAUGCCAUUCCUGGAAAUAAUAAUGCCAAUUCUGGAAAUAAUAACAAUUUUGACAGUAAUUAUGGGAGCAAUAAUAGGCAGGACAGUAUUUAUAAUGAGCGACCAAAUAAUGCCAACUACAAUAAUAGACGACCACAAGGUAAUAGUCAAGAUAAUGCGCAACGUCCUGAUAGAAAUGUAAAUAAUUAUUCUGGAAGUCAAGGUGGUAAUAAUAAUAGAGAACAAGACGACUAUAGAGGUAGACCUUAUAAUCAACAAGAUUAUAAUAAUUACGAUACACAAGGCAGUAAUAAUAGACCAAGUUACACAACAACAACACAAAAACCAAAUAGAGGCGUUAUUUCUUCAGACUAUAAUAAUGGUAAUUAUAACAAUCAACAAAAUUCACAAAAUUAUUAUACCGCUCGAAAACCUGUUAGGAAUAAUAAUUAUGACAAUAGUAAUUAUAAUUCACAAAAUUAUGGAAGCAAUAAUAAUAAUCAACCGACACAAAGAACACCGAACAAUUAUAAUGACAACAGACAGUCAAAUGUGGAAGAUUAUACGGUAAAUAGGCCAUGGUGGUUAACAUGAACCACAAAUGCUGUUCUACCGUGUGGUAGAUGAAAAUAAGUAUUAAAUUAAAGUUAAAAUGUAUUGCAAAUACUCUAAUUGUUUAAUUUGUAAUUAUAAAAUGUACACUACCAAA